AGGGGGCGUGGCCGUGUCACAUGAGUCUACAUGAGAUGCAAAUCAAAACAAAUCUCUGCGCAGAGAACUGACAUUUUCAAAACAAAUCAAAAUUUACCAACAAAAAGUAAAAGAACCUCCUCUGGAAUCAUACGCAAUUUUCCUUAAAUUAUUCCGAUUUGCCAGAGACAUGCUCGCCCCAGAAGUGUGGAAUUUUAAACCACCCUCAGUUGCCCUUCAGGUUGAGAAGGGCAGCCUGAAAAAUGCCAGGGAGUGCGUCGAAUUUUGCGUUUCCAACCACUACUUCAACCAUUCUGUGUCCCUGAUUUUACCCUCUGACUGCAAACUUCCUAUCAGUUUAUCAAAUGGGCCAGGCAAGGAAUCCGAAUACUACAAAAUUAGAGAUCUGCCUGUGCUAGAGCUUAUCAGCCCAAAUUUUAUAAGAAAUUUUGUCAAACAAGGCAAUUCGUCAGCCUUGAGUAUUGGUACAAACAUAGAUUCGGACACUUGUGUUUGCCUCACUCCGACUGGGAUGCUCGUUUUGUCUUUAGAAAGGGUUGCCUUUGAGAGACUCGGACUUGAAGGAAAACCUUCCUUCUUUUGCAGAAUGAAGCCUCCUUCCAGAUAUGUGGUCAAAAUCGAUUUGACUGAGACUUGCUUCAAACCAAAUAAGAAAAACUACGAAAGGGUUGUGCGAUGCUUGAUGCACAAUUUGAAGAUAAGGACUGAUAUGAUAUUAUCUUGGGACCCUCCUGAUUCCAGUGUAUGUCCGUCGUCAGUAGCUUCUUACUUCAGUAGCUUAGGCUAUGAAGUUUCGACGGGUAGGAAAGAGAUUUCAACCAAAAAACUGAUGGAGGUGCAAAUACCUAAAUCGAUCAUGGAAAUUGACACAGAAGAGGCUCUUGAGUGGCUUGGAGCAAUUUCCGUCGGAGUCGAUACGAAUGAGUGGUGUGAUUUAUCUACUGGACUUUUUGCUGAAGAGGAUUUCAACAAUUUGCCUGCUCAAUUUCACCAGUGGACAGGAUUUUACACCUCCAGGCAAAUUACCUCGUUCUUAGAAGAAUUAAUGUCUUAUUUUAGAAGCCAGAAAGACAUUCCCUGGAUAUCACUCAGCGUCCAAGGCUUUGAGGACAGUGCUGUGCACUGGAAACUGGACGAGAACUAUUUUCACCAAUCAGCAGAAAAUUCUUAUUCCAUCUUGCUGGACCACAAUGGCAAAUAUGUGUUGUGGAAAACACUGGGUGCCAAUAGAAAAUUCAAAACAAAGUCUAAAUAAAUUUGUUUAAAAAUUUUAUUACAGAG